AUGGCAGAUUUGAACGACUCUAGCCUGAGAGACAUGACAGCUACUUCCGCCUCUGACCGUCGACUUGAACAAUCUUUAGCAGUUGUUAUUUUUUUCUUAGUCAACAAUACCUGUAUCUCAUCCAUCAUUGGGCUUUUGGGAAUAUUUGCUAACACCAUCAACAUCACAGUAUUUUUACAUCAAGGGUUGGGCAGUUCCAUCAACAUCAGUCUCUUCUGUAUCUCAAUAUCAGACAUUUUUUCCAUACUUUUUAUCGUCUUUGCAUUGAAUCCAUUCAUCGACCGACUUCAGGUCCCGAUCGCCUUCGCCGAGCUGUAUUAUGUGACAGGGGGAUGGCCUUUAGGGUUCUCCAGCCGGGUGACUCUCUGCAUCACUGCGUACAUCACAGCAGAGAGAUGCCUGUCUAUUGUGUUUCCACUGAAGAUAAAGACAAUGAUAACUCCCAGGAGAAGUAAACUCAUCAUCUGUGCUCUGACGCUAAUCAACGCGUUAACUCUUAUCCCAGAAUAUACGUCUGUCUACUUGUCCUGGCACUUUAGCGACAAGAAAAAUGAAACGGUUCUGGGCGUUGAUUUCAGAAGCAACAGGCAGCAGACCCAAGGGAUCAAUUUCAUGCUACAUGUGGCAAUUGUUGUCAUCAGUCAAGGCUUGGUCAUCUUGUUCGCUUCUAUAUUGGUCAUCCAUCUGCGUCGGCAGUCCCAAUGGAUGAUGAAGAGCCGUUCUGAAAUAAGCUCUCGAAGUGUUCCUUGUUUACGUAACCAGAAGUCUAUCAAGUUGGUUACCGUUGUGGCCGCAUCGUUGACCAUUGCCUACAUCCCCGGGACACCAGUCUCCUUGGUCACUGUCUUUGUUCCGGAAUUUUACAUCAGCGGACAACUGUCCAAAAUUUUCAUCGAUACUUGGGGCACGAUAUUCUUGUUUCAUAUGAUUAACGCCAGUUCUAACAUCUUAAUCUAUUACAAUAUGAACGCAAAGUUCAGGAACACAUUCAGAGAAGUCUUUGUUAACCGCUUACAUGGAAAAUAA